CGAUGGACUGAAGCUUGAAACUGAAAUCCUGGAUGGAAAGCCUAGGCUAAUUUUAGCUGCUUCUGAUAAAUCAAAGCCUGCAAUGAAGAUUAGUAAUAAAGCCAGAUCACCUAAACAGGCAUUGAGAAUAAGGCAUACAGGACACGUUACAAGGUCCACACAAAAUGCUUGUAUCAAGCAGGAAAACUUCACAAAAUUAAGGAGUGAAUCAAGCUUGUCAAUAACAGCAGGUGAAAAACUGCAAGUUGCUAAACACUCCUCACAUGAAGCCACAACUAAAGAUCACUCCUGGAUUAUCCAAAGAGAGAGCACAAACAGAUAUCCUGAUUCAGAGAAUACGAACACUGUUAAAAAAACUAAACAGAAACCUCAAAAGCCAUGUGUAUCAGCUAAAGACCUGAGAAGUUUGGUGUGUCUAACACAAGAACAGCUUCAACAGAUUUUGAUGACUGUAAAAGAAGGAACCAGAAGCAUCUCUGAGCUUCAUAAUGAAAAGCAAGAGGAAACGGCUACUAAUGAGACAUCAGAGGAAAACAUUACAGCGUUGUUCCAAAAACCUGGUGAAGUUUCACCUGUUCCAGCUGAAGCUAAUUCUGAUUCAAGAAGGAAACAAGAAGCAGAUUUACAGCCAGAACAGAAAGUUAUGAAGGAUUUGUGGAAACCUGCUGACAUGUUUAGUACCUUGGGUGAAAGAGAAGGGGAGAAAGCCUUAUUGGAAUUUAAAAAGACCCAAUGGAAGAAGGAAUUAGAUGAACAGGUAGCACUGAAGAAGAAACUGAAAGAAACUUUAGAGGGAGAGGUGGGUUAUUUCUGGGCAAAACCUGGCAAUAAUCAAAUCCGUAAAGAGAAAGUGGAAACAGCUGAGCCAGAUAAGACCAUGGUUCCAGCCAGCUCAGUUAUAACCUCAGAGGAAAACUGUGUCUGCACAACUGCUUUAACCACAGAGGCUAAUCAAGUUCCACUGAGAAGUGCUCCAGCUGGGCAGUCUUGUGAUUUUGAUUCUUCUGACUCCCCAGCUGUCAGUUCCACAGUCUUUGGUUUAGGGGAAGCUGUGCCACAGGAACAGUCUUCUAGUGCUUUGAAACGUGAGCAACAGAAGAAGUGGCUUGAAGAGUUGGGCAAACAAAAGGAAGAAGCUAAGCUACGAAAAAUAGAAGAAAAACUUUAUUUAUCAAAGGCUGAAGAGCAUGAAAGAUGGGCAAUGCAUUUUGAUUCUUUAAAGAACCACCUUAACACUAAUGCACAACAGCCCUUAAAUGGAAUGUACCAAAACAAGCCUGAAAGUCUUUGCGUGUCACCUGAACCUAAGGAGCUGACUGCUUUUAUUCACCCUUUUUCACCUGCAGCUUUAGGCGACUGCAUGCCCUUAAAGGCAGAAAAUGCAGAAAAAGCUGCUAAAAACAGUACAUUGGAGCCCAGUCAGAAUGUCAGUUUCCUUCGUUCUAUGACAGCUCUCCUGGACCCUGCACAGAUUGAAGAGAGAGGUAGGCGGCGGCAGAAGCAGUUAGAACAUCAGAAAGCCAUAAUGGCUCAGGUAGAAGAAAAACGAAAAAAGAAGCAGCUGGAGGAGGAGCAGAGAAAAUGGGAAGAACAAGAGGAAGAAAGGCGCCUAGCACGAGAAAAAGAACAAAUGCAGAAACAGUUUGAAGAAGAUCUGCUGAGACAAAAACAAAAGGAGGAACUUGUGACUCGUAGAACAAAUGAGCUCUAUGAGACAAUGCAGAAAGCUCAGGAAUUAGCACAAAAAUUAAAACAAGAAAAGCGCAUUCAAGACUUGGCUCAGAAGGCACAUGACAUUUCAAAGCUUCAGAAGAAUCUUGGUGGUGAUGAUAAAGAAUUUGAAAAUUGUGAUACUGCAAUUUCACAUCAAAGUCAUAAUUUUUCUGACAACAGUAAGAGUCACACGGAGCAGCAGACUUCUCCUCGGAAGGACACUGCUGUACAGACAGAUUACUUUAAUACUUCAGUAUACACUGAGGAAAGAACUGCGUGUUGCGGAUCACCCAAUAUUUCCAUUGAGUAUAAAGAAACCGUCAACAAAAAAAAAUACCAGAAGGAAAUGCAGUAUAUAGAUAAAAAUAAAAUUUCAAGAAAAGAAACUGGUGGCAUUUGCAGUGAUCUAUAUGAACAAUAUGCCAAAAAAGAAAGACAAAUUAAAUCUUCACACAAAUAUGACAAAAGACCUGACUGGAACAUAAACAAGCCUGAAAAAAGAUACAUUCCAGCAUCAGAAAGAUACCCUAAACCGCUACAGAAACAGAGGGAAGAAAACAAAGUAAGACGACAAAUGGAGCUGCUGCAGUUGGUAGAAAGAAAUACCCCUGGGAAUCUCUGCCCUAAAAAGGGUGGUUAUUCAGACAGGUCUCCUUCACCUCAUGAAGGAAUUAAUCUGAAAAAUAAGCGACAUCGAGUCAGAAAGGAAGAACAAUUACAUAAGAAUCAUUUGAAUAAAGAAAGAUCUGAAUCACCACCUGUUCCAGCAGUCAAGAACAGAUUACACCAGGUACAACAAAAACAGAUACAUGCUUCUGAUUUCCUGGUGCAUAACAGUAGUAGAAGAGAGAAAAGACUCAAGACAGAGCCACAGCCGAGGAACUCCCCUCCUCCUGGUACAGAAGCUGGAAGACCUCCCUCGUCGCAAUUCAUUCCCUAUGUUCGAACAAAUGAAGUGUAUUAUCUAGAUCCAGAUGCUCCAGUGAGCAGACCUUCAACACACGACCCACAGUAUCGACAGUUUAAUGAUUCUUAUCAAAAGCCACGACAAAUUUUUAGCUCUGAUCAUGUUAGAGAUCCUCUUCUAAACCCUGAUGUAGUUAAAAGCAGAGAGAGACAACAAGCAAUUCUCAAAGGAUUGUCAGAAUUACGCCAGGGCCUCCUCCAGAAGCAGAAGGAGUUGGAGACUGCUCUGAUUCCUCCCAUAGUGCAAGAAGAGAACUUUAUUUCACUAUUUUGA